UUUCCAGUCGUGCGUAAGCAUAACCGUAAAUGAAUAAAUAAAAGUAAAUGCAUUCCGCCACCGGUUGUUGGAGUUACAGUCUCACAGCUUCAUCACCCACAUUAACAGCGCCUGGAACAGAGAGAGGAAAAGAAAGAAUCUUGGCAUCUUCAUCCCCUUUCUUCUUCGUCUUCUGGUUCGCUUUCUAUUCAAGCUUAUUUUUUGUUUCUUUAUUCACUCACGAGUCACAAUGUAUUGCGUCAUUUUCAUAGCCAAUUUGCUCAACUUCUUUAAGCUUGUAAGACAUUGCAUCUGAUGGAUAUUUUAGAUGAUCAUCAUAGUGAUGAAAUUGAUCCAAAUGUGAAAGGCUAUGAGUCAGCUGGUACUGGAACCACAAAAAGAAAGGAGUUACAUGGGACAAUACGUCUAGAUGCCUUAUCUGGUACUUGGAGAGAUAACCCUCAUGGUGCUGUAUUCCAUGUUUACAAGAUUGAUUUCUCCUGUGAUAUUGAGUCAUACCCUGGAUUUGUACUCUUGACCGAGUCAAAGCUAGAUGAUGAUGUAGCGAAUGCUAAAGUAGAUCUGUAUUUACUCGACAAGACGGCAAAAUCAUCAGUUAUCCCAUGUGGAGAAGUACAUUUGGGGUCAGACCAAAUAAAGCGGGCAAUGCGAUUUCAUGAACUUCUUUUCAAUGGGUUAUAUGGAAAACUGUUUCAAGGAUCCAAAGCAAGUGGGGUAAAUAGAGAGUUUCUUCUCCAGAGAGACAAUAAUCUUCUAUGGAGCACUUCAUUCAUAUACUUGAUCUUACCACUUGAGCCGCCAAACAUGGUAGAUCACGAUUCCUGGAGAAUCAACUGGAAGGGGAUCGACUCCUGUGUCUCUGUGGUAGAAUUUAUGAGGAAUUCUGCAUGGUUGAGUGCUGAGCAAUCUGGAGCUAAGUAUAGGAGUUCAAUUGGUGACUCUUCUGUAGCAGAUUGCACUGCUGAGGGUACUAUACAUUUGGCAAAUCAUUCAUUGUCUAUUGAAAAGUUAGAGGAAACUGUGGUUAUGUCCAUUCACACUGGAAGGAUAUAUUAUGUUAGAGAAGUCUUGGUCAAUACCUCUGCUGAGAGUCCUUUUGAUUCUAAUGUUAAUGGGGCACCAUCAAAGUAUUCUAGUUUUGCUGAUUACUUCAAAAAAAAGUAUGGAAUUGUUCUGUUCUACCCUGAGCAGCCGUUGUUACUGUUGAAGCAGACUCAUAAUCCAUUCAAUCUUCUCUCAGAUAGUGAGGCUAGUGAGUUGCGUCGAAAAAUGCUGUCAAGCGGCGAUCUGGUUGAUGCAAAACGAAAUAAUCAUGUUAAUAUGCCACCAGAGCUCUUAGUCCGUAUUGAUAUCAAACUAUCAGCUUUAAGGGCAUUGUAUUUAAUACCUUCAUUGAUUCACAGGUUGGAGUCUAUUAUGUUAGCCUGCCAGCUAAGGAAAGAGAUUUCCUAUAAGUUUCCUAUGCCAAGCUCACUGAUUUUGGAAGCACUUACGACUCUAAGGUGUUGUGAAGAUUUUUCUUCGGAACGUUUAGAGUUGCUUGGUGAUUCAGUACUCAAGUAUGCAGUGAGCUGCCAUGUUUUUCUUAAAUAUCCCCAGAAACAUGAAGGAAAGUUAUCUGGUCAGCGCCAAAGUAUUAUUUGCAAUGCUAACUUGCAUAAACUGGGAACUAAUUGUAAGCUACAGGAGUACAUACGUGAUAGUGCAUUUGAGCCUCGUCGUUGGGUUGCCCCUGGGCAGCUUUCAGUUCAUCCUGUUCCUUGUUCACAUAGUGUUGACACAUCUGAAGUGCCUUUGGAGAGCACAUAUCAUACUUUUGAUGAGACUGUCAUACUUGGAAAGAGCUGUGACAGGGGACAUCGGUGGUUGGUUUCUAAAAGCAUAGCUGAUUGUGUAGAGGCAGUUAUUGGAGCAUACUAUGUUGGUGGGGGAUUUGUGGCUGCUCUUCAUACAAUGAAGUGGCUAGGAAUUGAAGCUGAACUGGGGCCCUGUUAUGUGGAUAAAGCUAUCAAUCUGGCAUCUGACCGAUCUUGCGCCUUAAAAAUUGAUCAGGUUACGGCCUUGGAAUCUAAACUUGGGUAUGAAUUUUCUACCAAGGGACUGUUACUCGAAGCUAUAACUCAUUUAACAGAACAAGAAACGGGGGUGGGGGUGGACUACAGCUAUGAGAGGCUGGAGUUUCUGGGGGAUGCUGUGCUGGAUGUGCUGAUAACAUGGCAUCUUUAUCAGAACCACACGGAUAUUGAUCCAGGAGAGUUAACUGACCUACGUUCAGCUUCUGUCAACAACGAAAAUUUUGCUCAAGUCUCUGUUAGAAGAGACCUGUAUCAACAUCUUCAGCUUUGUUCCGAGUCAAUCUCGAAACAAAUAACAGACUACGUUACGCUGGUAACUGAUGCAGAAGAUUCUAAAUCGCUGCAGGGAAGACAAUGCCCCAAGGUUCUUGGUGAUCUUUUUGAGAGUAUUGCCGGUGCAAUACUAAUCGAUACCAAGCUUAAUGUCGAAGAAGUUUGGAGAAUAUUUUUACCAUUAUUAUCUCCCAUUGUAACCCCUGAUAAUCUUGAGUUGCCUCCCUUCCGUGAACUUAAUGAACUGUGCGAUUGCCUUGGAUAUUUCUUUAAAGAACACUGUAUUAAUGUCAAAGAUGUGGUGUUUGUUGAAUUGAGAUUACAACUGGAAGACAUUCUAUUAAUUGGAGAAGGUAUUGGUAAAACCAAAAAAGCUGCCAAGGGACAAGCUGCUCUUUAUUUGUUAAAGGGUCUAGAGAGCAGAGGAAUGUCAUAUGAUAGAUGCGUUUUGAAGAGGAAAAAACAGGAAUCUCAUGAUGUCAGUUCAGGUUUGGUUGAUAUGAAGUUUAGUGUCAUAAAAGACAAACCUCGCAAGAAGCAAAAGGUCUCCCAGUUGCCUUGUGGAGAUAAUGGAGCUUCAGAUGCUUCAAUUCCUGUUAUUGCAGCUGUUAAGGCAGAGAAAGGAGGACCAAGAAGCUCAUUAUAUGAACUAUGUAAAAGAUUGCAGUGGCCAAUGCCUAGCUUUGAAACUACUGAAGAGAAGUCCAGAUCGCCUAUGGAAUUUGGCCAAGGUUCAGAUAAAAGGACUGGGUUCAAUAGUUUCACAUCCAAAAUUUCCUUGCUCAUACCUGAUUCUGGUGUUAUGGAGGCCACAGGAGAGCAACGAGCUGAUAAGAAAAAUUCCCAAGAUUCGGCAGCAUUGCACCUGCUCUAUCAGCUGGAAAAGCAGGGAAAAGUUGUUAUCAACUGCUAAUGGCAAGCUAGUACUUCCUUUAGGCUUUGAUUGUCUACAACAAGCUAUUUAAGGAAGUCCAGAAUCACUAAGAAGGAUAAAUUUCCCUGUUAGAAAUAAUGAAUAAAUUAUGGCCCUGUACAUUAUGGAUUUAUGUUCUAACAUUGUUGUAAUUGUGAACUCCUUUGUUGCCUUGUCUCGCCUAAUCAUUGGCGUUAGAAGAUGUGAUAAUUCCUGAUAUAAUAUCUUUCUGUAAUUUAUGUCCCUUAUUCGUUUCUAAA